AUGUCGAAAAAAAGAAAGCAGCAGAGCGCAGGAAGAGUUGCGGGGUUAGAGGGUGAAGCAAAGUUGGUUGACGUCUUCGUUGGUGAUGGCGAUGACUUUGGAGCCAUGAAGACGUACAAGGCCGACGGCGCCACGGAAGCCAGUGACGGUGUCACGGCCGAUGAGCAUGCAGGAGCAGGGUCCCUGAUGGAGGUUGACGAAACCGCCUCCGACGAUACGGCGUGUGCCGUGUGCGUCUGA